ACAGGUUGUACAGGUACACGACUGGCACUACCCGUGCUAUAUUAUUAUUAUUAUGUCAACCGACAGUCGUACACGGACCCGCGGAAUCGUCUAACGGAAACGGAAAAAAAAUCUCCCUCAACUCUAUCUCUCUCUUUCUCUCUCCGCCUCGUCCUCGCAUCGUCCUGCCGCCGCCGCCACCGCCGCCACAAUAAUAUCAGACGUAUACGAUUGAGACGUCAUAAUAUACUACUAUUAUAGAGUGUGCCCACACUAGCAGUAAAAUAUCGCGGCGAAAACGAUCCCAGUCUGAGCGAUAUAAUUAAUACCAAUACCUAAUUAAUAUAGGUACAUCGAGUUUAAUUGUUUUUCAUAAUUCGUUCAGGCCCCGCAAACACGUAUUAUAACGACAUCGCGAAAUGUACACGACAUAUUAUUACCGCCAUCGUCGUCAUCAUUGUUUUUGUGACGUUGACAAAUAAAAAACCGGGCGAACACGAGGCCCCCGGCCUGUCACAUCUGUUUGGCGGUUUGGCGAACACAAAAGAUCCGCUCCAACAAAACAUAGGCCUAUACGCAGACACACGUCACAUCGGCGACGACCAAAUAGCGUACCUAUAUAAAAACGUUACCGAUUGCGUACCGCCGACAAUACCACCGAGGUGUCGCGAUAAUAUUGAUAUUGCGGCCUGACAUAUUCGGUUCCGGGUUAUUUUUUAUUUUACUUCCGUCCGAUCAGCGUCAAGCGUCAUUAUCACCACGACAACGAUGGCCGUCGACGGGAAAAACGCUUCCGGCCGGCUCGCCGCCGCGACCGUCCUCUGGCUGCUCGUCGCGAUCUUCUCAAAUCAGGAUUAUGUGUACUGUGAUGGAGAAGAACAACAACAACAACAAUUCCAACCACGCUUACAACCACAACAAUUUCUACCUCCACAAGUACAACAACAACAACCACCAACACAACAGCAACAACAGCAACAACCACCAAUACAACAACAACAAUCACAAAUGCCUCCACAAAUGAACCCCCAAACGCCCCCGCAAAUGCAGCCACAAAUGCAGCCACAAAUGCAGCCACAAAUGCAGUCACAAAUGCAGCCACAACCAACGCCACCACAACAACAACAGCAACAACAGCAACAACAGCAACAACUGCAACAACAACAACAACGACCACCAACUCAGCCACAAGAACCACCAAAACCACUUGGAAUGUUGAGUCCAGUAAAUAAUUUGGUAAAAGAAAUGCAACCAAACAUAAAUCGAUUGACUGGACAAUCAAUGAAUCCUGAUUUCGGAACCAACCCACUACCACAACUACAACAACAACUAGGCAAUGUUGCAGGUCCAUUAAAUAUGCCGGGUGGUGGCCGAGUACCGAUGUUUUCUGGUGGUCCACCACAGGUGUCAACCUUCGAUGAAACAAACCAAGGAAUAAAUCCACAGUUUCGCCUUAACUCGCAAUCAGAGCCGAAUCCUAACCUAUCGUCAGGCCAAAAUCAAUAUAGACCUCAAGCGCAGUUAACAGAGCAGAUAAAUAACGCACAAGGCCCUCCGAAUAACCAGCAAGACCCUAUGAAUAAUUUUCAACAUAAGUACACCCAACCAAUGCCAUCGUCAUAUCCACCGAAUCAUUACCCUUCCGCGAGGCCAUCCAUGGGUCAACAAUACCCGUCUCCUUACUAUGCCAAUAGCAACAUAUACGAAGCUCCGGCGCCAGUCAAUACACCAGGUUUUCCGGGACAGUCGUUCUUAAGCACGGGCAUGGGAGAUUUUCUGCAGCCCUCACAGGUGAUCAAUAGUUUGAUGCAGACAAACCCGAUGGACUUGGUGCAGAAGCCAGUCGGUAUGGCGUUCAACGCGGUCGAAAAGCUGGGCCAUUACGGCGGGAACGUAAAGGAUGGCAUAACCAGAGUGUUCAGGGAUGUGAUCGGAAAAAUACUUGACCAAGGUCAGAUGGGGACGCAGAAACUAUUUGACAUGGGCUCGGCCGGAAAAAAUGCUGCCUUUGAUUUCAGCCGGAGGCUUUUGAUUCCGAAUUCCAAUAAUCAGCAGACGGGCAAUUUCGAUGGCAGGUAUAGUUCGCCACAGGCGAGCAUGUCUCCGGGCUACAACUUCAACCCCAAUCAGCAGCCCCCGACCCAGAUGGGCUAUGUGCAGCCCCAAGCAGGGGCAGGAGGACAGUUCAUGGUUGGCAACAGUAACGGUCAACCACCCCCACAGGGCGCCGUUCCACAGUACCAGCAACAGAGACCAGGGCUAAACUACGGCACGAAUAUCCCCAUAAAUACCUAGCCAGUAGUCAAUCGCCCGCCAUGGCCAAGGCUAAAGGCACUCUCGGUGGUGCUGAGUGUUCCCAAGCCACUAAUAUCCUUCAUAUUUUCAUAUCCCCACUCGCAUACACGUCACUAUAAUUUAUAAUAUAAGUGUACUUACAUUAUUACUUAUUAUUAGUAGGGCUGGGAUUUUAAUUCACAAAAAAAAAUUGCAAAAAUUACUUAAAACUAUAUUCAGAAAAUGACAAAAUGUAUUUCUUAGAGCUUAGGAAGUAAAGAUAUAUAUGUGUUUAAUAGAAAUGUAUUUCUUUUAAAAUUACAAGUACAUAGAUAGGUUAGGUAGUAAUACAAACAAUUAAAAAAACUUGUCGCCUCUUAAACCAUAUUUUGUGGCAGUCGACAAGUGUUGCAUAAUAUGUAGGUGAUUGUUGCUCUGUAGAUAUGCCCACCAUACCAAUAUGAUGGUUUAAAAUACAAUGAUAAAUGGUGCACAAUUAUUAUUUGUAAAAAAUGACUGAAGUAGAUUAAAACAUCAAAAAUGACCUUAGGCGCUUAAUGAUUUUGAA